UACUUACUAUUAAAUUGUUUUGAUUCAACAAGUACAAUUGCAAUCAAUAAUCAAACAAUUACUGAUGACUUAUUAGAUAAUAGUUUUAUCUAUAUAUGCGGUGGUUUGGAUGGCACAACCUAUUUGUCUCAAUGUUAUAAAUAUAACAAACAGACAGGUAUUUGGGAAACCAUACAAUCCCUGACCACUAAACGAGAUUUAUUUAGUCUGAUUUCAUACGAUUCAAAACUGUAUGCAAUCGGCGGCUAUAAUGGUAAAACUUUAAAUAGCAUCGAAACAUACGAUACACUAACAAAUAAAUGGCAAUCAAUAGCACCGAUGAAUAUAAUACGCCAUCAACAUGAUGCAACUGUAAUUCAAAAUACAAUAUAUGUAUGCGGUGGUCUAAAUGGCAAUGUAUUCAAAACAUGUGAAUAUUAUUCACUAACUACUAAUGAAUGGCAUUUUGCUCAACCAAUGGCUACGGAAAGGCGUUGUCUGGAACUGGUAGCUAACGAUGGCUUUAUAUAUGCUAUCGGCGGUCAUAAUGGUAAAGAAUAUUUGAAUACAAUGGAAAGGUAUGAUAUAAAAACACAACAAUGGCAGCCAAUGGGAUAUAUGAGAUAUGCUAGAGGUUACUUUGGUUCAGCAUUAUUUAUGGGCAAAUUAUAUGUUUGCGGCGGUUUGGGUAAUACUGAUCAAAAAUCAUGCGAAUCAUAUGAUCCGAAAGCAAAUCAAUGGACACCAAUUGCAUCUAUGCUAUUAGACAGACAUUAUUUUAAGUUAAUUGCAUUUAAUGAGAAAUUAUAUGCAUUGGGUGGUCAAGGAAAAGAUGGUAAACCAACUGAAACUGUUGAAGUUUAUGAUUAUAAAUCCAAUCAAUGGUAUUAUACGACAUCAUUGCCGAAAAAAAUUUACGCUUUUGGGGCAACUGUUUAACAAAGUUAUAGUACAAAAUUAUUGUAGUU